AUGGCUGCAGUGGCCAUAAAGCGCAAUGACCCACUCCAAGCUUUCUUUCAGGAUCGAACUCCAAACUCCACUCCAGAAUCCAUCAAAGUUUCUGCCCUGGUGUUGUUGGAAGACACCAGUAAUCGCAUCGGACAUUCCCGUGUAUCCAGUUUCGUGGAGCACCACCAAUAUGAAGGGUCCCCAAGUAAACUUUUCCAUCCCUGGAGCACCGAUUGUUCCACCCAAGGACCGUUCAUCUCUAAUCGCAGGGUGAGACUGUCACAGCACCACCAGAGCUCCCUUAAUCCGCAUCACGAAUUGCCCCUGACACCUCCCUCGGACCCCGGGUACCAAUAUGACUUCCCGCCCGUGAAGGUGUGGCCUUGUCCAGUGCAAUCACUCCCAUCAGCAUGCUCUUCUUCGUAUGCCACUCUUCCGAUUUCGACCUACAUGCCCACGCACACCCAACAGAGACGUUUGGCAAGCGAUGAUAUCCUCUACAAGACUCUACACGAUCCUGGCACUGCCAAUCACGUGUCAACAGUCGCCUCGCACCAUUUUCAGAUCCACCGUGGGUGGGUCCUGGGUCACCCUGAAUUUGGGCAGUACCAGUCCCAAAUCGCCACCCUCGUGCACUCCAAAUCGUCCCUCACCGGUGCGCGGAGAUGCCGGAGAUGCAGGUGCCCUAACUGCCAAAAGUCCCCCGAUGAACCGGGCAGGAGAAAGCAACACUUGUGCCACAUGCCAGGAUGUGGGAAGAUGUACGGCAAAACGUCGCACCUGAAGGCGCAUCUGAGAUGGCACGCAGGUGAGCGCCCGUUCGUGUGCACAUGGAUGUUCUGCGGGAAGAGCUUCACGCGUUCCGACGAGCUCCAGAGGCACGUGCGCACGCACACCGGAGAAAAGCGCUUCACGUGCCCGGACUGCUUGAAGCGCUUCAUGCGCAGCGACCAUCUGGCCAAACACCUGAAGACGCACCUGAUAAAGAAGAACAGACCGCCAUUUCCCAUGCUGGAUCACAUGAAGCACGAGAAUGUGAAUAACUUUUAA